GUCUGUGGGAAGGGAUCCCAUGGGUGGCUGGGUCCCAGUUAGAGCGCAUUACUUCAGGUAGGGGCACGAAGUGAGAAGCCCCCCUUGAUCGCGUCCUCUCUUGUGUGCAGAGAGAAGAAAUGAUGCCGACGGGACGAGAGCGAGGUGUGCGGCCGACCCUGGCCCUGAUGCUCCUGGCGUGUGUGCGCGGCUGCUUCGCUGACUGCCCCUCGGUCUGUGACUGCGGCUCGGGGAACGGGACCGCGGUGUGCCGGGGCAGGGGGCUCACCGCCGCCCCCGAGCGACUCCCCUCGGACACUGCCGUGCUGGACCUCAGCGGCAACCGGAUCGGCUCCCUCGGGCGCGGCGCCCUGGCCAACCUGACGGCGCUGGAGGAGCUGGACAUCGGCGACAACCUCCUGUCCGACAUCCAGCCCGGGGCUCUGUCCGGCCUGCGCAGCCUGAGCACCCUGCGGCUGGCCGGCAACCGGCUCCGGACCCUGUGGCCCGGCGCCCUGCCCUGCGCGCCCAACCUCACCACCCUGGAGCUCGGCCGCAACCCGCUGGUGCUGCUGCUGGACGGCGCCUUCCAGGGGCUGCCCGGCCUGCAGCGCCUGGAGCUGGGCGAGCAGCUGGCCCACGUCCAGCCCGGCGCCUUCGCUGGCCUGGGCCGCCUGCGGCACCUGGCCUUCGGCAUGGCCGGGGCGGGCGCCGUGCCCACCGCCGCGCUCUCGCCGCUCGGCAGCCUCGGCUCGCUGCGCCUGUCCGGGCUCGGGGCCACCACGCUGCCGGCCGAUGCCUUCCGCGGCCUGCGGGGCCUCCGCCACCUGCGCAUCGAGCGCUGGCCCCGGCUGGCGGCGCUGAGCCCCGACGCCCUGGGCGGCCUCAACCUAACCCGCCUCGCAGUCACCCACUGCAACCUGAGCUCGGUGCCCGGCCGGGCCCUCGGCCACCUGGUCUACCUGCAGAGCCUGGACCUGUCGCACAACCCCAUCGCCGUGCUGCCGGAGGGCUCGCUGCAGGGGCUGCCCCGCCUGCGGGAGCUGCGGCUGGCGGACGGCGGGCUGGCCGAGAUCCAGGCCGGGGCCUUCCAGGGCCUGGGCCGGCUGCGGGCCCUCGACCUGUCGGGCAACCGGCUGGCGACGCUGGAGGAGCGGGCGUUGGAGCGGCCGGGCGGCCUGGAGGCACUGGGCCUGGGCGCCAACCCGCUGGCCUGCGACUGCCGGCUGCGCUGGCUGCGGGCGGGCAGCGGGCGACUGGACUGGGGCCCCCGGCCGCCCGUCUGCGCCAGCCCCGAGGGGGCCCGCGGCCGGGAACUGGCGGAGCUGGGGCCCGGCGAGCUGUCGUGCAGCCGGCCGCGCAUCAGAGCCCGGCCGCCGGCCGAGGUGACGGUGGCGGAGGGGCAGACGGUGAGCCUGGCGUGCGGGGCGGAGGGCCGGCCAGCCCCGCGGGUGAGCUGGGCCACGCCCGGCGGCCGGGUGCUGAGCGGCGGCGAGGGCGGCCGGCUCCGGGUGCUGGCCGACGGCUCGCUGGAGGUCCGCCUGGCGCAGUCCCGGGACGCCGGCUCCUACCUGUGCACCGCCUCCAACGCGGCGGGCAGCGAGGCGGCCGCCGCCCGCCUGCUGGUGCGGGGCUGGGGCCCCACCGCCGCCGGCACCCGCCUCGACCCCGCCGCCCUGUCGGUGGUGCUGACCCUGGGCUCGGCCUGCUUCCUCGGCGUCACCGGCCUCUGCUUCGCCCUGCUGCUGCUCUGGAGCCGGCUGAAGGGCCCCAUCAAACGCACCAGCAGCGUGGAGGUGCUCCGGCACCCGAGCGGCACGGACGCACAGUCCGAGGCCAUCAAGUACACCACCAAGAUGUUGUGACGGUUGGGGGGGGGGGGACUGCUGGGGAAAGGGAGGGGAGGGUGGUCAGCCUCUUGGACUGGCCUGGGGCUUGUGGGACGGGCUGCAAGUGCACCAGGGGUUGGCUGCACCAAC